AUGCUGGCUUUCUCUGUCUUGUGUCCGACACUGUUGCUCAGCUGCCUGGCUGUCCCCUGGCCUGCCCAGGCAGAGACCCUCUUCCACAGCCGGGACCGCUCGGACCUGGAACCAUCCCCGCUGCGCAGGGCCAAGCCCAUCACUGACCUUCAUGCUGCUCAGAAGUUCUUAUCCAGAUAUGGCUGGUCGGAGGGGCCUUCAGCCUGGGGUCCCAGCCCCAAGGAGCCAGCAGCAGCCCCUGUGGGCCCCACCCUGGCCGAAGCUGUGCGCAGGUUCCAGAGAGUGAAUGCGCUGCCAGCCAGUGGGAAGCUGGAUGCAGCUACCCUGGAGGCCAUGAACAGGCCUCGCUGUGGUGUCCCUGACACCCGGCUGCCAGCCCUGUCGACCCCUUCAGACCCACGGCCCAGGGCCCGAUCAAAGCGAUUCCUACAAAUGCUGCUACCCAGGCCAGGUGGGCAGCAGGAGGACUCCUCAGACAGUGGGGCCCUGAGGGCCUUCUCCAAAAAGACCCUGACCUGGCGACUGGUGGGUGAGGCCUACAGCAGCCAGCUCUCUGUGGACGAGCAGAGAUACAUCUUCAGACUUGCCUUCAGGAUGUGGAGUGAGGUGACACCGCUGGACUUCCGGGAGGAUCUCACUGCUCCUGGGGCCACAGUGGACAUAAAACUGGGUUUUGGGAGAGGCCGGCACCUGGGCUGUCCUCGGGUGUUUGAUGGGAGCGGACAGGAGUUUGCACAUGCCUGGCACCUGGGCGAUAUUCACUUUGAUGAUGAUGAGCACUUCACACCACCCACGAGUGACACAGGCAUCAGCCUCCUCAAAGUGGCUGUCCAUGAAAUUGGCCAUGUCCUCGGCCUGCCUCACACCUACAGGAUGGGAUCCAUAAUGCAACCAAAUUACAUUCCCCAGAAACCUGCGUUUGAGCUGGACUGGUCAGAUAGAAAAGCAAUCCAGAGACUGUAUGGUUCAUGUGAAGGAUCAUUUGAUACUGCAUUUGACUGGAUUCGCAAAGAGAGAAACCAAUAUGGUGAGGUGAUGGUGAGGUUCAGCACCUAUUUCUUCCGCAACAGCUGGUACUGGCUUUAUGAAAAUCGAAACAACAGGACCCGCUAUGGGGAUCCUCUUCCAAUCCUCACUGGCUGGCACGGAAUCCCAGCACGAAAGAUAGAUGCGUUCGUCCACAUCUGGACAUGGAGAAGAGACGAACGUUAUUUUUUUAAAGGAAAUCAAUACUGGAGAUAUGACAGUGACAAGGACCAGGCCCACACAGAUGAAGAAGGAAGAAGCUACCCCAAACUGAUUUCAGAAGGGUUUCCUGGCAUCCCCAGUCCCCUGGACACUGCCUUUUAUGACAGAAGGCAACAGCUAAUUUACUUCUUCAAGGUGUCCUUUGUAUUUGCAUUUGAUGUCAACAGAAACCAAGUACUGAAUUCUUAUCCAAAGAAGAUUACUGAAGUUUUUCCAGCAAUAAGACCACACAACCAUCCCUUUAGAAAUAUAGAUUCAGCUUACUAUUCCUAUGCACAUGGCUCCAUUUUCUUUUUCAAAGGCAAUGCCUAUUGGAAAGUAGUUAAUGACAAAGACAAACAACAGAAUUCCUGGCUUCCUUCUAAUGGUGUAUUUCCAAAAAGGUCUAUUUCAGAGAAGUGGUUUGAUGUUUGUGAUGUCCACACCUCCACACUGGACAUGUAA